CAAAAGGAAAUGUACUUUAAUCGGAAAAGAACAUACAGUGCUUCAAGCUGUAGUCGAUGCUAACAAAAAGUUCAUCGAUAUAACUUGUGGAGAGCCAGGGUCGCUUCAUGAUUAUAGAGUGCUAACAAGAUCCAAACUCUUUCAGGACGCAGAAAAUCAUUAUGAGGAAAUGUUUCCAAAUUCAUAUUUCAUCAUCGGCGACUCAGCCUAUCCGUCAACGAAAUGGCUGGUGUCACCUUUCAAAGACUAUGGAAUUUUAAAUGAAUCCCAGCGAAAAUUUAACGAAAUACAUUCUUCUACAAGAAUGGUAGUUGAAAACGCCUUUGGGUUGCUUAAAGGGCGAUUUCGUCGACUUUUGAGGUUUACAGAGCAAACCGACUUGAAAGUGAUAACCAACAUCGUAGUCAGCGCAUGUGUUUUGCAUAAUAUUUGCAUCUCUUUUGAUGACUUAUGUGUUAUCGACGAACUAUAUGAAGCGAUUGCCUUUGCUCAAGAAGAACAACAAGAUGAGUCUAAUCUGAAUGAAACGCUUGACAGGAGGCAAAAUCUUUUUAAUUAUUUAAGACCUCCAACUAUUUUAACUCCAAUUUUACUGGUAAUACAGUUCUCGAGCAGAACGCUUUUUUCGUCCCACUGGAGCUGAAGAAGAAGCAGCUUCUAGUGGUGGUGUUCACCGAUUGUAAAUGUGGCGAUGACGAAGGGCUUUCCAUCGUCGAUGGUGAAGCCAGAGAUGAAAUUGACGAUGUUGGCGACGGUGAUGGUACAGGUGGCGGCACGUCUACCGACACCAUCUCAAAUGAUCUGAAGCCCACGUGGACGGUGUGGUCAUUUGAAAUGAUAGGAGUGUUUCCAAAGAUUUCGUCCACCAGCUCCAUAUAAGCAGCAAUACAUGGGCUGGCACCUGUGCCGCGGAGGCCGCUCUGAAUCCUAAAAGUAUGAUUUAUUAAUUAAGUUCAUUGUUUUUUUUUUUUGUAUAUAUAACCUACGGUGAUCCCCAAGGACACUAUGUCUUCCAAAACAUUGGCGUAAGCGACCCUCUUCCUUUUGAAAUGCUCAAAUUCAGCUUUCCGGGCAAGAUAGCACCUUAAAAAUCCCA